UAUGGACGAACCAGUCAGAUUUACGACAACAAGUCUUAGGUUUCGGCGCGAAAUCAAUUUAUUCAUUUGGCAUGAGCACCGAGUACUGAAAUUGGCGCUGUGGCCUUGAAAUCCCUCAAACUCCUGUGAUUGGCUCGUUCAUAAAUUAUGGUCUCCCCGCAGACGCAUUAGGAGUCGUACCAUUUUUACCAUAUUAUGUCAACUGAGCUUGCCCUUGGUUUCGCUGUUGAGGGUGCACCCUGGCACUUGGUUUCCCAUUUAUUCCCAGAUAAAGUUGGUGGGCGACCAGCUUGGCUAGCUCUUCAACACCUACCACCUCCUAGUGAACUAAAGUGUCCAGUAUGUUUGAAUCCAAUGUGUUUUCUCUUACAGAUAUACUCCCCUCUAUCUGAAAAACCAGACUGUUUUCAUCGGAUGCUAUUCCUAUUUAUGUGCCGAAAUAGUGAAUGUCAUUAUAAGCCUGAUCAUACACCAUUCUAUGUAUUUCGUUCUCAGUUAUCAAGGCAAAAUUGCUAUUACAGCUUCGAGCCUCCUGAGAACGAAUUUCCCAGUCGCGAAAUGAUAAACUCGAUGAUAAAGGCUAACUCUAUUCCAUGGGCUGGUAAAUAUUCAUCUAUCUGCCCAAUAUGUGGAUGCAAAGCAGACAAAACUUGUUCAAAGUGUAAAACCACUUCUUAUUGUUCUAAAAUGCACCAGGUUCUAGACUGGAAACGACACAAGUUAGAAUGUGGUUCAAAAUGUCAAGAUGUCAUGUUAUUAUUCGAAGAAAAUAGUUUCUUACUUCCUGAAUACCGUUUAUGUUCUGAACCUGCAGACAACUUUUCGAAUGAUGAAAGUACUUCGGAAGAGGUAGAAAGUGACACUGAAACUGUAGACCUGGGACUUCCAAAUGAUCCUGAAGUUGAAGCGCUUGAAUCUAUAGCCAAGAAAGAGACUAAAGAAGAAGCCAGAUUUAGAGUGUUUAAAGAAGCAAUGAAAUCGGCUCCUGACCAAGUCAUACGAUUUCAUAGAGGUGGUAAACCCAUUUGGCUAAGUGACAAUCCUGUAGAAGUUGAAAAAUGUGAAGUUUGCAGUGCUGAACGUGUUUUCGAAUUUCAGGUUACUCCUCAAAUCUUGUGUUACUUAAAAUUGGAUAAAGUUGGUGAAUUAAAUCCAGAUUUCGGUUCGCUUUACAUUUUUACUUGUUCUAAUUCAUGUGAACUUCCUAGAAGAAAUGAUAAUACUAUUAUUGAAUAUCAACGUGAAAUUGUCAUUCGUCAAAUGGUCCCCUAAACGAUUAACAAUUAUUCUUAUGUGAAGGGCUAGAGGGCUUGACUUUAAAAUAAAAUUUGAUCCGAGUACAGCUUCGAUCAUAUAUUGAUAUAGAAUUGUGUAAAUCAGUACCACUUUAAUUCUUUACUUUACUUUACAACUAUCAGUUAUUAUAAAACCAUAUAAAGUUCUCUCUCACUAUUCUGUUAAACGUUAAAACGCAUCUGUUUUCGUUGUUAUUUAUUGUUAAUCUGUUGAUUUAAUCUUUGUAAAAAAUAUUUAGAAUUUUAUUGCUACCACUAAACUGAUCGACAACGGUACUAAAUUUUGAAUGCGGAAACGAUAAUCCCUGUCUGUUCAUAUUAACUUGUAAUGUCUACACCAUUGAUAUGUCUGUAUCGAUGGCGUAAGGAGAUAAUUAUUAUCGACAAAGUGCAUUUAUGCUCUAUUUAUUUAGAAUUAUUCUUUGAAAGUGAUGCGGUUAUAUGUAACUUUCGAUUAAUGCCACCUAGAAGACUUCUUUUCACAUUGUUACAUCAAAAGUUAUCUAAAUAAUAUAAAAUAUCAACGUCUAAAUAUAUUUUCAAUAAUUUACAAAUUUUCUGAGUUACCAAAACAGGGAGCUCGGAAAAAUCAAUACUAGAGAGCAAUUAAAAGUAAUGAAAACCGGACAUUAAACGAAAAUACCGGUAUCAUUUUAAAGUGUACAACAUGCUUUAGCAGGGUAAUUAGCCACAUUCCUUAAUAAACACAACCGCGUUGGGUGAAUAAAGUCAAUUAGCAUUCAGUUUCGUUUUGGCUUGUUGAAACAACAAAAAUUAUCAAUCUAUCGAACUAUUAAGAUGUGGCUAAUUAAUGGUUGUUUGUAAAUUUCCAGUAAUUAGUAUGACGAGACUCAAUAAAUCAAUGAUUAAGUUACAUUGAGUACAUUGUUUUCUUGUAUACAAUAUAGAAUAAAUGUAAUCAGAAGAUAAUUUGUAUGAAAAACAUGGUGGGAGAGAAAACAAUAGAUUAUCAGUCCCUGACUGUUGUUGGAUGCUAUAUUAACAGUCAACGUUCUGUUUAUCAAGCGCUGAACUUUAUCAUCGAAAUUAUUGUUCUCUAUCAAUAGUCGUUUGAGACUGGAUGACAUGUCUUAGAGUCGUCCAAAAUGACACAAGUGUAUUCACUUUUGAUUUUCAAACCUAGUACUUCUUCAUUCAUACACUUUCAUGUUUCUGCUUCGAAAGAUAUUCACAGUGUUCGCUCUUUCGCAUUAUUCUUGUUGCUUCAUCAUUUCAAACUCUUGCUAUUCAUUUUGUUGUUUUCAUCUCGUGCCGAUGUGGUGUGUUAACUUGGAUCAACGCAUACUAGUCC